AUGAAUGUCCAAUCAAGUAUUAGUACCAUCGAUGAUUUUGUUAAUCAAGAGCUACCAUCAUCAAACUGUUGUCAUCAUUUCGAACAACAAACCACUGAUGACGAGAAGAUAUCAGAAUCUAUUGUCGACCCAGCCGGUCCUCUUCUCACUCAAGGACGUUUAGCUCAGAACAAACUAACUACCUUAACAAAAGAUGCAACUGCACCAGUCACAAACGCAUUCGAUCCAAUACCUCCUUCUACUAGUAGCAUUGUCAUCACCGAAAUUGAUGGAACAAUACCCAGUGGUUAUGCUGUACCGCUUACUCCAUCAACAACACAUAAGAGAGAACGCGAAACGAACGUUGAAACUAACAAAAAAAAACAUAUUAUGAUAAGUUAUAAUCAGGCUUCCGCAUCAAUUCAACAAUUCGAUGGUGUUGAUAGCAGAGAACAACAAGAAAAUGAUUGUCUCAUACAACACCUUCUCCAACACAACGAACAAUUAAAAGAAGUUAUUCGAAAUCAACAAGAAAAUAAUGUUCAUAUUCAACAAUAUCUUGUUGAUCAAGAUGAACGGUUAGCAGCAUUUAUGCGUUUCCAACAAAAGCAAGAACAAGAAAACGCUCAUUGUUCUCACCGUCAUAACAAUCAAAGCGAACAGUUGCAAUCGAUUGUUCAUCUUCAACGAGAACAACACCAAGAUAAUAUUUAUCUUCAACAACAGAUUUUUCAUCAAAACGAUCAAUUGACUCAUAUUAGUCAUAGACAACAGGAGCAGGAACGAAAUCAUCAUAUUUCCGAUAAACUUCUACAACAUGUUAAACAACUGACACAACUUGUUGUCGAUCAGCAACAACAGCAUGCUAGAAAUACUGAAGCUUUACAUCAAUUGAUGAAUCGACCAUUGGACAAAAAUGAAUCGUUAGAAAGUACAAUGAAUGAAAAUUUGAUACUACUUGAUAUUCAAGAACGAGCUGGAAUUCGUUUCAAUUUCGGUACAUUUAAUAAAUUAGUUCAAACAAUUGUACUGUUGUGGAUAUUAAUUGUGAUCUUGAGGGACGAAUAA